AUGCAAUAUCGCAGAUUCUCAUGGGCCCUGGAAGCUUUAGAGAACAUCUGUAUCGACUGGAGCUCAGCGAAACGAUGGCCUGCCCGUGCUGGAGACAUGAUGAAAAGGAGAAAGACAAUGUGCUUUGGGACUGUGAAGUGUGGACUGUGGACCCAGGAGGGGAACGAGAUGUUGGAGAGCCUUAAGCGAACAGCCAUUGGACUAGUUUGUCACCGCGGUCUAGUUUGCUGCCCGGAUAACUACAGUCUGUUGCGCAAAUUUGCGCACUCCAAACAGACGCAUGGAUCUGGUGUAGACGAUAUUCCGAAGAGAACAGCGAGCGUGAAGUACUGUUCUGUGCUGUGUAACGCCCCAGAAGGGGGAGAGUGUUUUGAAGAUCAGGGACGGAAGUCGAAUUUG